AUGGCCUCCAUCAAGGCAAAUUGUCGCAAGGUCAUCUGCAUUGGGCGAAACUAUGCUGAUCAUAUAACCGAGUUGUCAUCUGCGCGUCCGGCACAGCCUUUCUUCUUCCUCAAGCCACCGUCCUCUAUCCUCCUACCAGACAAAGGUCCUAUCAUCCGCCCUCGCGGUGUGAAUCUGCACCAUGAGGUUGAGCUUGGCCUGGUUAUUGGAGAAACACCGACCCCGCUGAAGAAUUUGCAAGCGGACGAUUCCCGGUUCCUCGACCACAUCAAGUGCUAUUUCCUGGGUAUCGAUGUGACUGCUCGAAAUGUACAGGAUGAAGCAAAGAAGAAGGGUCUUCCCUGGUCUAUCGCCAAGGGUUUCGAUACCUUCCUGCCUAUCAGCCACGAGAUCCCCUUUGACCGCAUCCCAGAUCCUCACAAUGUGCUGCUGUGGCUGAAGGUCAACGGCGAGGUCAAGCAAAAAGAUAACUCCAACUUGAUGUUGUUCAAUAUCCCCAGGAUGCUGAGCGACAUCAGCAAGGUCAUGGCUCUCGAAGAAGGCGACAUUAUCUUGACAGGAACUCCGAAAGGCGUCGGGCCGCUCAAAGGUGGAGAUAGGGUGGAAUGCGGUCUGGAGGCGGAUGGACUUGAAGUGGUCGAGGCCAAGAUCAAUGUCGAUGUCGUGGAUGACGAGUCCGAAGAUGGAUAUAUCUUCAAGGAGACUUGA